ACAAACCGUCACUCCCGCGAAAAAAGCACGUGGCUUUUGUCAUCGUUUUGACAUCCCUUACAAUCAAUACUUUGCCUAUAACGAGAUGGGCCGUGCUCGCACAGCUCCUACUAAAUCCAGAAGGCCCAGGUCAGCGGGCAAGAACAAAGACAAGAUAAAUGACUGCAAAGUUUCAAAUGGAACAACGGCUACUAAAGCUAAGAAAAACCAAGAGAAACCAAGUAAGGAAUACACGCAUUGGCUGAUGAAAUCGGAACCUGAGAGCAGAUUCGAAAAGGGUAUUGAUAUGAAGUUUGGCAUAGAGGACCUCAAAGCCGAGCCUGAUCAGACAGCAUGCUGGGAUGGUGUGAGAAACUACUCGGCACGGAACCACAUGCGAGGAAUGAAAACCCAUCAGCAGGCUUUCUUUUAUCACAGCAACUGUAAGGAGCCUGGUAUUGCAGGGAUCAUGGAGAUUGUGAAAGAAGGCUAUCCCGACCACACCCAAUUUGACCGAAAAGAUGCUCAUUACGAUCCAAAGGCCAAGGAAGACGACCCUCGCUGGUUCAUGGUGGACGUCAAGUAUCAGAGAAUGUUAAAACGUUUCAUUUCUCUGGCUGAGUUGAAACAGGUCCACCUAAAGCACAAGGCAAGUGGAGGCCCACUGAGGAACUUGGCUUUGUUUACAAGUGCGAGGUUGUCUGUGCAGCCACUCACUAAAGAAGAGUGGGACUUCAUCAUAAGUUUGGAAGAGAACGAUUGAAGAAGUGCACAUUGGAAUAAUGGUGCUGCAUUUAUAUCGCAAUUGAUGCGUAAUUCCAAAUAAACGGGAACAAUUUAAAAAGUGCACAGAACAGUGAUAAGCUGCAAAACUCUUGGUAGUCUGCAGCUCUAAUGAUGGUAGAGAUCUUUUAUCCUCUUGUCAUGCCAUGGUCACCACAAUAGUCUAGCAAAAUGGGUUGAAAAUGGGAUGAGAACAGGAACUAUCUUAAAAAUAUUUCUCUCAUCACAGACAAAGGUGGCAUUAUUUCAUGACUAAGAAUGUGUUCGUGGUGAUUUGUCAAGAUAUUUACGAAACUCAUUAUAUUUUGA